AUGCUGCAGGUUCUGGGCUUCUGGGCUGCUGUUGUGCUGACCCAGGCUGACGCCGACGAAGGCCGUCGGCUCCUGCGGCAAGAAGCCGCCGCGCGAGGCACACGCCAUGCGUCUGUGGAAGUGCAUGGCAACGGCGCAGUAGCGGAGAUAAAGCUUGAGAGAUCCGAAGGCUUCAGCGAGAUUCGGCUCCACGAGGCCAAUACCUCAGGGUCGGAAGUUGCGCGGGCAGCCAAGAAGGGCUUUUUGGUCCCAGAUUGCAAGCAGGUCCUGGAGAAGGCGAAGGAACUUCUGCACGCCUAUGCGAGCCACCUUAUCUCUGCAGGAGGGCAGACAACCCUGAGGCAUCUCAAAGUUGUCAGUGACGCCUUGACUGAGCUGAAGCAGGGGAAUGCCACUGACGAGUCCUUGGAAGUGCUCCUCGCUGCCCUGGGCAACGUGACCCUGAAGAGCGCCCUGCAGACGGGGAACGUGUGGACCGCGGCGGACCAGGGGGCGCUGUUCUACAACUGCUUCCCGGGCCUGACGCCCUUCCGAGAUUUGGAGGAGCACGGCCUCUAUGGAGACAUUGAGCUGGAGCCCUUUCAGGAUGUCACGGUGCGGGUGGACACGGGCGAUCCAUUCGUCGAGAAGCACGAGAUUCAGUACUGCUACCGACUGGGCACCACCACUGCCGCCAAAAUUGCCUUUGUGGCGGCACGGAAGCACAUCAUGGAGCAGGUGCCGUGCCUUAGCUUCACUGUGGUCCACGCGAAAGCGGACGGCACGGGCUGCUCGAAGAGCCGCGCCUUGGAGGUGCGGGAUCAGAACAACGGGUGCUGGUCCGCCUACCAGAAGGAUGCCAAGGGCGAUGCCACUGGCACAGUGAUGCUGAACCUGGGCCGAGGCGCCAAACCGGGCCACAGGGGGGGGGGGUGA